AUGAGAAAUACUCAUUUGUAUUUAUGGUGUUCAGGCUUGAAAAUCGAAGAGAAUCUAGUUAACGACUCUGAGGAUGAAGCAGGCAGAAUGGCAGUGACACGCCAUUGUGAUUGGGGAUUGAAAAUUUCGUGUGGAGAAAAAAGUUCGAUCCUAAUAAAUGAUAUCAAAACAAUAACAACUUCAACAACAUUUGCAUGUUGGAAAAAGAUCAUUAGAUAA